CCCGGAUGCCCCCCCAGCCGCCAUUAGUACAGCGCUCGCCGGCGCGACAACACGUAGUUGUCUCAGUCACUCCGCGAUUAUAUUAUCGACUCUAUGUUUAUACAAGCUCAUAAACAAAGAUGCAAUAUUUUGGUUACUUUUACGAUUGUGUUUACUUUCCUCUCCAAGAAUCCGGCGCGGGUGAUUCCGUCUACGAUGCUGAGGCCGGGGCCCCCGGGGCCGGCGGUCGACAUAAGCCCCUGGCCGCGACGUCGACGACGGAGGCGGCUCAGAGAAUCGCCAUCGGGAAACUAGCGGAGGAGCUCCGGCCCCACCUGCUGUCCACCAAGCGGAUGUGGGCCCUCGGCUACCCGCUGGAGAUCGAGCCCAACAGCGGGAAGGCGGCCGUCUACAUCAGCCCCCCGACCCGGCCACGCUCCAACUUCACCGUGUUCGACGUGAACGCGCCCGAGUUCGUGCCGGGCUCGCAGGGCGACAGUGGCCGCGGCUCGCUCGGCUCCUCGCCGAGAUCCGAGAGUGACGAGGAAGCGGAUGCAGUGGAACAUUUGUGUGUCCGGUGUGAUAAACGGUUUAGACUGACGCGCGAGGGUGAAUACGUCGUGGACGAGUCGUGCGUGUACCACUGGGGGCGGCUCGGCGGCGAGUCCCGCUACGCGUGCUGCCGUGCCCUGUACGGCUCGCGGGGCUGCACGACGGCCCGCUUCCACGUGUGGAACGGCACGAAGCCCGGCAUGAACGGCCCGCUCGAGGGCUACGUGCAGGCCAAGUCGCCCCGCGGCGGGGUGUACGCGAUCGACACGGAGAUGUGCUACACGACGAACGGGCUCGAGCUGGCCAGCAUCGCCGUCAUCCGGCCCGACGGGCGGCUGGUGUACAAGUCGCUCGUGAAGCCCAGCUCGCAGGUGGUCGACUGCAACACGAGGUUCUCGGGCAUCAGGCCGCGCGACUUGGCGCGCGCGACCAAGACGCUCCGGGACGUCCAGAACGACAUCCUCGGUUUCGUCGGCAGCGACACCAUCCUGAUCGGGCACGCGCUGGAGAACGACCUGCGCGCGCUGAAGCUGCUGCACGGCGCGGUGGUGGACACGUCGGCGAUGUACCCACACUCGCGGGGGUUUCCGCUGCGGCGCUCGCUGCGCGCGCUGUCCGAGGAGCUUCUGGGCCGGCGCGUGCAGCACGGCAGCUCCGGCCACUCGCCGCUCGAGGACGCCCGCGCCGCGAUGGAUCUCGUGCUCCUCAAGCUCACGGAGGAGCGCAAGAAGAAGCAGAACGUCGUCCAGUUCCCGAACCUCCAACCCUACGACCCCCUGAUCUGUUCCGCCUAAAACGACAAACUUUCUCAAUGUGGUCACGAAUGUUUAGUGAUAAGUGUGAAGACCAAUUUUAUGUGAAAAUUACGUUGACGGAGCGCGCGUACGUUAGUGUGUGCCUUCGAAUUGUGAUAAGCAAUAAACGUAAUUAUUUUUCUAAA